AUGUCAUCACUAAGACGGUAAUGUGGGUAGUAGUGUAUGGGGGAGAGGGUUAGGGAUCUUGUGAAUUGGUGGAGUCAUACACUAACUAUUAGGAAAUCUUAGUUAACAUAUACUGAUUUUUAUUAUAAUAUGCAGUAAAGUCCUUGAGUUUCCUUCAUGUUUUGCAACAUAUAUUUUAUUAUAACUUGGAGUUAGAGACAUUUAGAAAACGACUCCCAUGUACACAGCAUGUUUUAUUAAAUACUGCAAUUGACAUGGUUCUAUUAUUAUUGUUACUUGUUUUCAUAAUAGGCAUUUUGUAUUCGUGUACAAAGGUCCUUUGGUGUCAGUAUGCUAACUUGAGGACAAGUAUCGGUAUUUCAUUAAUCAAGACGUUUUGAAUAAGUACAAAGAUAAAUAUCACAGACAUACUAAGUGAGCCAUAUCCUACAAAAGAUACUUUGUAUCACGUAUAAACUGUUCAAGUAGAAUGUAUGUAUGUUUAGAAAGGAGAAAAAAAGUGACAUAUGCAUGUACAAAACCUGUAUAUAUACACACACAUUUUUCAGAUGUGAAUGGUUUACCUGAUCUACUGACUGACACAUACAUGACAUCUACAUGAGAGCGUGAGUGUGGCGUAUAUGUAGCUUGAUACAUCCACUGUGAACAUAAUGUGAACUUUUAAUCAGCAUGAUGCUCAGCUAGCUUAAAGCUUAAAGCUAGCUGAGCAUCAUGGGAAAUGUAGUCCAGAAACAAUUUAUGGUGUCAAGGUUAGCCAUCACUGGCAUAUGAGGUGCCUACUCUUAAAUGGACUCCCUAACACUAACACUCUCAAGUCACAAGAACAAACUGAUGUGUAGAAUCUGUGUUGUGUAUUGCCAAACAAUGGCAAGGAGCCACCAAACAGAUUAAAACUAAACUUUGGCUAAUGGAAAUCACAGCAAUACUAUGUAGGGCUGCCAUCAGACGUUUUGGGGCUUCGUACACAGCUCAAGGUCUAGGCCCCUGUAUUCUGGGCCAGCGCUACCUGUUAGGUGGACUAGGCAGCCGCCUAGGGCGCCCCUUGGAAAAGGGCGCCGCCAGGAGCGCCGGCCCCCCUCAUGCUGCAGCCGCCCGAGCGCUCUGUAGAGUGCCUCAGGCGGCUGCAGCUUUGCCCGGGCUGGUGCAGCAUGAGAAGAGGGGCUGACAGGAGGGAAGUGCUCAGCGCUCCCUCCUGUCACUCCCUCACUGUAGCGUGGCCGAGCUCUGUAUGGUCCGCGGGAAAAGGGAGCAUCUGUCUCCUGUACCCGGCCGGACUGAGUGUGCACUUCCUUUUAGUCCGGCCGGGUACAGGAAACAAAAGCUCCCUGUACCCGCGGACCAUACAGAGCUCGGCCACGCUACAAACAAGGUAGGGAAGGGGGGAGGGGGGAGAGAAAUAAAUUGACUGGGGGAAAAGAAAUUGACUGGGGAGAAAGAAUAAAUUGACUGGGGGGAGAGAAAUAAAUUGACUGGGGAGGGGGAGGAGAGAAAGAAAUUGACUGGGGAGGAGGAGGGGAGAAGAGAGUGACAAGAGAGGGAGAGGGGGGAGAGAUUGACAUCCAUCACACACACACACAAUCACACAAUGCACCCCUUACACACAAAGACAAUGCACCCCUUGCACACAGAAAAACACAAUGCAUUACACACACACACACACACACAAGCAAUGCAACCCUUACACACAAUGCAUUCCUUACACACACUCAAUGCAUCCCUGACACACACUCAAUGCAUCCCUUACAGACGCACACACUGCAUCCCGUACAUACACAGAAACACACCUUGCAUCCCUUACACAUAAAAACACAGAUUCACACAAUGCAUUCCUUACACACAUAUCAGGACAUCCCCUACACACUCCACCCCCUGUGAACAAACUCAUUGGUGGAACAUGAAGGUGGACCCUGGGACCCAGACCUUGAGCUGUGUAAAGGGCCCCAAAAAAAUGGAGCUGCUUCCCGUUCUCCCAGAACAUUGAUUUUUGUGACCACAGUUACAAACUGCCUCCAGAGAGCCUGUUCUACACCAGACCAGUGGAGCCAGACUGCAGCUAGAGCCCAUCAUCAUCCUCAUCUGGUUGUAAUUAGGCAAUCUAGUAUAUUAUUCGUGGCACUAAUCUCUAAUUUACCUCACAUUAAAGAAACACUAUAGUCCCCAGAACCACUGCAGCUUAAUGUAGUGGUUCUGGUGUCUAUAGCCUGUCCCUGCAGGCCUUUUAACGUAAACAUGGCGGCACUGCAGCACUGGCGUUAGUUAACAUGGCAGAUCAUAUGGGUGGGGCAUUGUGAUGUCACAUGGGGUGGGGGCGGCAAACUUUACUUUUGCCUAGGGCAGCAAAAAUCCUUGCACCAGCCCUGCCUGUAUUCCUAAUACUAUAAUGUUCCUUUAACAUGUUAACAGCUGUCAAUAAACCUUUAAAUCACACAGUAGUCACCAGAACUACAACUUAAUGUAAUUGUUCUAGUAAGUAUAGUCAGUCCCUGCAUGCUUUCUAAUGUAAGCAUUGUCUUUUUAGAGAAAUGGUAGUGUUUAUAUUACUGCCUAGUAACAUCUCUGACAUCUCUAUUGAGUCAAUGCAUCUCUAUGAGGAGAUGCUGAUUACCACAGAGUAGUGUUUUGCUGCACAUGCACAAUAACCUCCCAAAGCUUUCCUUAGAAAAGCAUUAGAUUGGCUGAGAUCAUCAAGAUCAUCAAGAUGGACCAGAAUCAAGCAAUGUCGGCUUCUCCGAACCAGAGACUAGUUUCCAUAGUCUCCCACAACAAACCAGGGCCAUCGUAGUCUCCCCCCUAUUCACUUAGCCAUUCUUCUAAGGGCUGGUUUCCCAGGUACGGCAUCCGCAGCUCUAGCUGUUCCGCUUGGCGCUGGUUGGUGGCCAGGAUUUCUUCACUUCGGAAUGGUCGAAUUUCUGUCAAAGUCCUCCUUCCAGAGAUCAGUGAAAAGCGCCACCCUCCACUCUGUCUCUCUAUCCUCUGGAUAGGGUACUCCAUACUGCGCAGCACAUCCUGUAGUCGCUGCUGGAGUCUGGCGUCGAAGCCGGAUACUGCCCAGCAGUACUUGUUUUCCAUACUGCAGUAGUUCUGGUUUUCCCAAAGGCUAGGAAGCCAUCCCACCGCUUGCCACCAAUUGUAGCGGAGCUCCAUGUACCCAGAUUGGGUACCUCCGCCAAAGACCGCUUCCUAGCUGGAAGAGGGGACAAACCGCUGCACUUCUGCCCACAGUCACUGUGGCUUGACUGGGGCUCUGGAACUGCUCUUUCCUGGAGCCGAAUGGGGAAUUAGCUCUAGACAUCCCCAGGCACUGGAUGUCACUCAGUCCUGGGAGCUCUAGUCCUUACAAGGACUCUCCCCAUUGAAUCCCCUGCAAGCUGGAACAGCAAACACAGGAGUAAAUCUUCUUUCCCUCCAAUAACAGGACGACACACAGUUUUGGAGUGUAAGCUGGAAUAGGAUUUUAAUGGAGGCACACUGGCCUUUAUGCAAGUUUCCCAACAAGGGUGACACCCAGGUAGACCUUGUUGGACACAGGGACGCAAAGUGAACAAACCAAUAAAAACAGAGUCAUACAUGCGAACAAAGGCAGCGGGACCUGGUCGUCGAGUGCAUGGAACUGUUUUGCGGACACUCGACUUCCCGAACACCGGUCCCAAACAGACAAACGCUGGAACUCUAUUUACCGAAUAGCUAGAAGAGCGCUAUUCGGUACUUUGGUGCAUUCGACAGAGGGGCACGAACGCUGCUAGGAGCCAGAGGGAUCCAUUCAGUAUUUUUCUUCGUUUUUAUGUUUUUCGAACGUGACCGGCAAAACCCACCAAAUUCGUGGAACUGUUUUGGGCAUGCAGCCCAGGGUGAGCCGGUCACACAAGACUUCCAUGAAAUUUGGGAACCCCUGAACCGAUCUGGGUGAAAUUCGAAUAUGUUGGUCACCCAGAUCAGGGCUAUCAGGGGACACAUAAUUUAUGGGGAUACCCCCAGUAUAAAGGGGUGUUCUGAAAGUUGGGAAAAAAGUGAUUUUUCAGCCCGGAGAUAAUUAAGUUACUAUUUUAUCAGACUAAAUUAUCUCCUGGGCUAGGGGAGGGAAUUGUAGGUGUGUGUUAACAUUUUACUGUUUGUGAUUGGUUAUUGUUUGUCCCUCCCUGAGGGCUGUCCCCUUGUAUGGGGACUUGCAUAAAAGCUGUGUGCACCCAUUAAAGCUCAGUUCAUUUUGUACCCUUCUUCUUGACUUCGGCUGCUGUUUGGAGAUUUGUGUGUUUCACUAAGGGAAUUAUCUUGUGAAGCUAUUGUAAUUACUAUAGGAUUCGUCUACCCUAUCUACCGAACGGAGGGCUAUAAUCACUAAGGCUCUGGCGGUUCGGGAGGAAACUACCGAAUGAGGUUGGAAUAUACUUGGUUUCCUUACAGUAUGAAAGUAGGAUAUGGCUUUUAUCCCGUACUUUCAUAUUUUAUUUUUUUGCCUUCAACCCCCUAAUUAGGUGUCUGAAUCCUAAAGUGGCUAGUAGCAUUCAACCACCAUUGUAUUUUAUUUAUUUAUUUAUUAGGGAUAACCUGCAAAAUUAGGAUGAUUUGUUCAGUUUAUGUAUGUAUAUGUUUGUUGUUUUUGGGUUUGUUUUGGUUUUUGGUUACAUUAGAUUUUGUUUUUGUGUUAUUUUUUUUGUUGUUGUUGCUACAAGCUUCAUAAAUAUGUAUGCAAUAGAGAUUAAAACUAAACUACAGGACUGCUGUUGCUCCAACAUUUUAAGCACAAAGCUUAGAGAUAAAUAUGGAUUUAGAAAUUAGGGCAAAUAGCGUUACAUUAUAUUAAAGAACCACUAUAGUGCCAGGAAAACAUACUCGUUUUCUUGGCACUAUAAUAUUAAUAGGUCCCCCCACCGUCACGGCCCCCCUCCCGCCGGGCUGCAGUGUGAGGAAGGGGUAAAUCACUUACCUUUCUCCAGUGCCGGGCUCCCUCAGUGCUGGGGAAUCUCCUCCUUCUUUUGCAGUCAUCUGCUGAAUGCGCGUGCGCGGUAAGAGCUGCGCACGCAUUGUCAGUCCAUAGGAAAGCAUCUACUCACUAUGAAAAUCACAGUGAGAAGCGCGGAUGCGCCUCUAGCGGCUGUCAAUGAGACAGCCACUAGAGGCUGGAUUAACCCUAAUGUAAACAUAGCAGUUUCUCUGACGUUGCUAUGUUUACAGCAGGCAGGGUUAACCCUUGAUGGACCUAGCACCCAGACCACUUCAUUAAGCUGAAGUGGUCUGGGUGCCUAUAGUGGUCCUUUAAUUUUAAUGGCUCAUCACUUCAACAUUUAAUGUGAAUGGCCUCAAUACUCCCCAGAACGGGAGACUGCUGUUCCAGCAAUUGCGCAAAUCUCAGGUGGUGGUUGCGUGCCUGCAGAAAACACACUUUAGCGCUGAGAGACCCCCUGCUCUCACCUAGCCUAGAUAUCCGAUUGCUUUUUAUACAUAUGCUCAGAACAAAACAAAGGGAGUGAGUACAUUAUUCCAUGCAGUUUGGCCAUUUAAAUGCGACAGGGAAUAUAAAGAUAAGGAAGGUAAGGAGGUUUAAAAGAAACUGGAAAAUCUGGAAUUACAGGUAAUGGCGGAACGCAACCUGAGAAAAUCGAAAUUUAAAUAUUAUACACAGGGUUAUAAAGAGAGCAAAUUAUUUGCGUCCCAACUUAAACAGAAAUUAACUCAAACAAAAUUACCCUAUUUGAUAAAUUCAGAAGGGGCUAAAGUGAUAGACCCAACCCAAAUUGUUAACGAAUUAGCCUCAUAUUAUGAACAUGUUAUAUAAUUUAAGCACCAGGCUCAGAUGGGUUUUCCAAUUAUUAUUUUUAAUUUGUAAAGGAAUUGAUUCCAAAACUCUUUAACAGCAUUCUAGAUUCAGGUGAGGUGCACCCGGAAACGUUGGUAUAUAUAUAUAUAUAUAUAUAAAUAAUACAAAAUAUACAUGUCCAUAUACAAAAUUACAUAAAUUAUUCUAUAAAUAUACACGUAGACUUCAAAAAUAUAUAUAUAUGCAUAUACAUUUAAAUUCUACGUGCGUAUUUAUGUAAUAUUUUUACAUAAUUAAGUAAUUUUAUUGAUUGCAAUUUGAGGGACCUGCCUGACAACCCAGGCCGAAAGUCCAGAGAAUUUAAUUUGCUAGCAAUGUAUUUUACCCUGUAACUUUCUAUGACACCCUAAGACCUGUACGUGGGGGUACUGUUUUACUCGGGAGACUUCGCUGAACACAAAUAUUAGUGAUUCAAAACAGUAAAACAUAUCACAGCGAUGAUAUUGUCAGUGAAAUUUUUCACACACAAACAGCAAUUUACUGAUAAUAUAAUUGUUGUGAUACGUUUUACUGUUUUGAAACACUAAUAUUUGUGAUCAGCAAAGUCUCCCGAGUAUAACAGUACACCCAUGUACAGGUUUUAUAGCCUUUGUGAAAGUUACAUGGUCAAAUAUAACGGUCAAAUAUUUUUACAUUGAAAAUUGCCAGGUUGGUUACUUUGCUUUUGAGAGUGUAUGGUAGCCCAGGAAUGAGAAUUACCCCCAUGAUGGCAUACUAUUUGCAAAAGAAGACAACCUAAUGUAUUGUAAAUGGGGCAUGUCCAGUCUUUUUUUAGUAGCCACUAGUAGUCACAAACACUGGCCAAAAUUAGCGUUCAAUUUAGUUUUUUAACUUUUUUUCACACACAAACAAAUAUGAAUGCUAACUUUGGCCAGUGGUUGUGACCAAGUGGCUAAUAAAAAAGACUGGACAUACCCCAUAUUGAAUACUCUGGGUUGUCUGCUUUAAAAAAAUAUGUACAUGUGGGGUGUGAUUCAGAGAUUUAUGACAGAUAAUAGUGUUACAAUGUCACUAUUGAUACAUUUUAAAAAUAAAUAUUUUGAAACAGCAAUUUCCUAUAUGUACUUAUAGCCCUUUAACUUGCAAAAAAGCAUGUAAACACUGGGUGUUUUUAAACUCAGGACAAAAUUUUUAAUCUAUUUAGCAGUUUUUUUCAUUAGCUUUCGUAGGUAAGUAAAAGAUUUUUCAAGCAAAAGUCAAAAAACAUGUUUGUUCUUUUUCAAUUUUUCACCAUAUUUUAUUUUAUUUUUAAAAGUAAAUUAUAUGACAUGAUACAAAUAAUGGUAUGUAAAGAAAGCCCUUUUUGUCCUGAAAAAAAACCAAUAUAUAACUUGUAUGUGAACAGUAAAUGAGCGAGAGGAAAAUUACAGCUAAACACAAACACCACAAAAGUGUUAAAAGAGCCCUGGUCCUUAACAUACAACAUCGCAAAAACAGGCCGGACCUGAAGGGGUUAAUCGAAGAUCCAUAUCACUGCUUAAUGCAGAUAUAAAAUUGUUUGAAAAAGCUAUGGCACUCAGAUUGAAACCACUAUUUGAUAGGGGCAGAAUAAGUAGGUUUUCUGCCAGAUAGACAGGUGGGGGACAAUUCCUGUAGAUUUAUAGAUAUAUUGGAAAUAAUGAAAAGACAAAAAACUGAGGUACUAUUGAUGGCACUUGACGCGGAAAAAGCGUUUGAUAGUCUACAUUGGCAAUAUAUGGGGAAGGUGCUGGAUAUAUUCCAACUCCCAAAUAAAUUUUAAGUAUUCUUUCCCUAUAUACAAGCCUAACAGCCAGAGUUAUAAACUCAGGAUUUUUGUCAAGAACGGUCUGCCUCUCUUACGAUACGAGACAGAGUUGCCCCCUCUCUAUUCAUUUUUAUCAUGACCCUUGACCCCUUAGCAUAUAAGAUAAAUAAGCGAGACACUUAUAUGGGACACCAAAAAGUGGUUUUAUUUGCAGAUGAUGUCUUGAUAAUACUAACAAAUCCAUAUAAGGUAAUAUUGCCACUGAUGGAUUUACUGAAGGAAUAUGGCACAGUGUCAUAUUAUAAAAACAAUAUUGUCAAAACCCAAGCUUUACCUAUAAAUAUGCAACAGUCAACUGUUCGGAGGCUGGAAGCUGAAUACUCUUUUGAGGGGAGAAAGAAUUCCAUAAAAUAUCUGUGGAUCCAGCUUUCAGCUUCAAAGCAGGUUAUGAUUAAAAAUAACCAUAGCAAACACUACUACCAGAUGUACAAGAUGCAUUAAAGCGCUGGAAUAAGGGCACUACCUCAUGGGUUGAAUGGAUUAAAUGUGCAUAUCUUAUUUUUGAACUAUACCAAUAAUGAUCCCUAAAUCAAUUUAUAACAAAUUUUCAGACAACUAUAAAUGCACAUAUAUGGAAACUUAAACCCCCAAGGAUAUCACUGAACACAAUGACCUGUAAAACCGAGGGUGGGUUGGGAGUACCGCAUAUCCAGAAAUAUUAUACAGCAUCUAUACUGGCACAAACAGCGGCACUAAUAGACAAGACUACCAUACCAUUAUGGCAUACAUUUAGAACAAUCCAUUGUCCCACACAAUGAGAUAUUGGACAUUAUCUAGAUAACGCAUCGUGCUCAUCAUGACAAACUUAAAGGGAAACUAUAGUCACCAGAACAACUACAGCUUAUUGAAUUUGUUCUGGUGAGUAGAAUCAUUACCUUCAGGCUUUUUGCUGUAAACACUGUAUUUUCAGAGAAAAUUAAAUGUUUACAUUACAGCCUAGUGAUAACUUCACUGGCCACUCCUCAGAUAGCUGUUAGAGAUCCUUCCUGGGUCAUGGCUGCCUAAAAUGCAUCCAAAUAUUCAGUAUCUCCUCCUUCUGCAUGCAGACACUGAACUUUCCUCAUAAAGAUUCAUUGAUUCAAUUCAUCUCUAUGAGGAGAUGCUGAUUGGCCAGGGGUGUGUUUGAAUCAUGCUGGCUCUACCCCUGAUCUGCCUCCUUGUCAGUUUCAGCCAAUCCUAUGGGGAAGCACUGUGAUUGGAUCAGGCCACCACUUCUGCUGAUGUUAGUAGACAGCUUGUUUUUCUGAGGCAAACAGCAUGCAGAGCUACAGCUUCAGGCUUAAAUACAGUAAGAUUUUGCUAUAUUUAUGAAGGCAUGAGUGGCCCAGGGGGGCUAGAUGGUAGUUUUAACACUAUAGGGUCAGGAAUAUAUGGUUUGUGUUCCUGACCCUAUAGUGAUCCUUUCAUUUUCUAUCCACCACACACAUUUCUUUGCAAAUGUGGAGGAAUUGGCCCCCUAAACUUCUGGGAAAAGGCAAUUAUUCUUACUAUGCAACCUUGCAAAGUUUAAUUUAUUACACAAAAUAUGUAAAUAUAUCAACAUGGAGAAACAAAGGGAUAACAAAAGUGCAACAUUUAAUAAUACGUACAGAUAUUUAUCAAUUCCCAGAUAUACAAACUAAAUACGAUCUUCAUAAUAGGGAGUUGUAUACAUACUUUAGGGUGAAACACAUCUUAAUGAAACUUCAAGUGGUAGAGGUGGAAAGCUCCAAGGUGAAUGAAUUUGGGAAGUUAUGUUUAGGGGGACGAUCCCCAGCUAGGCCUCUUUCAAUAUGCUUUAGAGGAAUAUUAAACGUGGCAAAACCCAUUAAAAUGCCUUUUAUGAUACAAUGGGAGAAGGAAUUAAAUAAUGAAUGGUAUAGGGCUACGAGACUGAUUAAGGUUGCCACAUACAACACACAGAAGCAACGCAUAAAAUGUGGCUAUGAUGGUACAUGACACCCCAAAAACUGGCACGAAUAUACACUGGGAAUAUAGGGACUUGUUGGAGGUGUGGGGAAGUGGAAGGAUCUAUGGCCCAUAUAUUCUGGUAUUGUAAAAUGAUUACUGUCUAUGGAAACAUAUCCAACAACUGAUAUUUAAUGUCACAAAUAUAUUGAUGCCCCUUCAACCAGAAAUGUACUUGCUACAUAUUAUGCCAGAGAGGAUACUUGUGCAGGAAACUGCGAUGAUAAUACAUAUUUUAAUGGCCACAAAAAAUGCUAUAGCUAGCUUAUGGAAAACCACACAAGAGCCAUCAUUACGCAUAAUAAGGGAAAAUAUUUCUAAUACUAAAACCUGCGAGGAGAUGGCAAACAAGAUAUCAACAAGAUAUAGAUGUGUCAUUCAUAUUUUUAUUUGUAUCUUUGCAUUUUUUUUCCUACCAUUUUGGACUUCUUAUUCACUAUUUUUUUUCUAGCCUUUCAUGGACUUAUAUCAUAUUAUCCCAUUAUAGUUAUUGUGGACUUAUUACUUUAUAUUUUUUUUAUGCCAUUUCUGGAUUUACCUUUUUAUGAUAUUAUCUGAGUUGGGUUUUAUAUUCCUAUACUAUGAGUAUUACUAUCAAUAUUAAUUAUUGGUUAUCUGUAAGUUUACUGUAGCUCCUGGUAUCUUCAUUCUAAGUAAGUGAUAUUUGUGAUUUUAGAGGACUGGUGACCCUCUUUCCCGUUUUCAAGCUACUUUCUCUCAGGGUUUUUGUUUUUUUUAAAAUCUACUCCUACUCCCUUUACGAUUUAACCUGACAAUUCAGUACUGUGUUUCUGUAAGACAUUCUUGCAUGUACUUUUUUACUAUAUUGUUGCGAUUUUGUUUUCACCUCUACUAUGUGAUCAAUUCACGUAUGCACUACACAAAUCACAUGACAAUUAAUUAUGCUUGCUGGGCAUGACAGUAAGUAUCAUGAGCAUGUCAAGAUUUGCCUUGCAAUUAUAUUUGUCUGUGCAUGCCUAGGCAUGGGAGGGGGGGGAUUUGUGCAAGCAGAUUGUGCUAGGAGGAGUGGCAGCCAAACAAAUUGCAAGGCCUUCAGAUUAUAGCUGAGCAUGGUGUAGUAACCAUAUUGUGUUUUCUUUGUACCUUUCCUGUUCAAUCCAGAAGAGCCCAGACGGUAAAUAUCAGUGUAACAUUUAAAAUAUCUAUGGACUGCAUAUAUAAGUAGUAGCAAUGUUUUUGUAUUUGGGUUUCUUAUUAAAACCACAUCCACCACAUUUUUUAAUAGUAAAAAGGUGACCAAACGUCUACAUUUUGCUAAAGAUGAAAUUAAAUCACAGCUUGCAUUCUUUUGCAGGAUGCAAAUAAGCAAAUUCCUACUGGGUCAGAUAUCUGCCAAAUUGUGUACAUUCCAUGGGUAGCAAGAGUGCCCUGUUUCCAGCCAUGACCAAUGCAGCAGACUCUCAGCAACAGGCGGUACUGGAAGAACUGAAGAUGCCCUUCUCUCGUGCAAUGAUUGGAAACUUUUUCCAGGAAAGGCCAAAAUUGGGGAACCAGUUUCUUGAGGAUGCCAUGCUCCAAAGCUAUCUGAAAAGGCAUCUUCCUCCAGUGGUAGGCACUGCCAACAUUUUUUUUAAAUAACACACAUUAAUUACAUAUUCUGUGUGCAUACCACAACACUUCAAAUGGACAAUAAAAGGGAACUUUUUUUUAAAAGGCUAGUUGAGAACAUUGUAUGUGAUUUCCUCACCUAUUGAUACACAUUUAUGCAAAAUUAAUAAGUAAUUUAAAAGAAGACCAAAUUGUAUUAUAUAAACUAAUUUCUAAACACCGUACACAGUGUAAAUCGUUAAAAAAAAUUCAGGCUUGGGUUAUUUAUUACAAAUGUACAAACAUUUGAUACAAUAUAGCAAAUCAAGUGAAAGAUACAUGGAAACUGUAUGAAUAAGUUAUUAUUAUUAUUAUGAUAUUUAUAUAGAGCCAUCAAAUUCCGCAGCGCUUUACAAUGGGUGGACAAACAGAAAUGUGACAGGUUGGACACACAGGAACAGAGAGGUUGAGGGCCCUGCUUAAUGAGCUUACAUGCUAAAGGGAGUGGGGUAAAAUGACACAAAAAGGUAAGGAUAGUAUUAGAUUAGUGACAGUUGCAGAAGAGGAAUCAGUCAGGAGCUAUUAACAGUUUAAUUGAUACGCUUUUAUGAAGAAGUGGGUUUUUAAUGAUUUUUUUGAAGGAAUGGAGACUGGGUGAGCAUCUAACGGAGGAGGGAAGCGAGUUCCACAGGAACGGUGCAGCCCUCGAGAAAUCUUGAAGGCGAGCAUCAGAGGUGGGAGUACGGACAGAAGAUAGACGUAAGUCUUCAGCAGAUCGUAAGGGCCUAGACGGGACAUACUUGUGUAUAAGGGAGGAUAGAUAGGUGGGAGCAGCAUUAUGUAGAGAUUUGAAAGCAAGAACCAGAAUUUUAAAUUGAGCUCUAUAUUUUAUCGGCAGCCAAUGUAGGGACUGACAGAAGGGUGAGGCAUGGGAGGUGCGGAUGGACAGGAAGAUGAGCCUCGCCGCCGCAUUCAUUAUGGACUGUAACGGCGCAAGUUGGGAGCACGUAAGACCACUGAGAAGCGGAUUACAGUAGUCAAGGCGAGAAAGGACAGUGGAAUGGACCAACACCAUAGUCGUAUCUAGCGUUAAGUAGGGGCGGAUGCCCGCAAUGUUUUUGAGAUGGAAAUGACAGGAUUUGGCAAUAGAUUGAACAUGAGGCUUGAAGGAGAGGUCGGAGUCAAAGAGAACAUCUAGGCUUGCGUGGUGGAGCUGAUGGUAGCACCGUUGACUUGGAGGGAGACAGAUACAGGAGUAACAACACUUGAGGGAGGAAAGACCAGAAUUUCAGUUUUGGUCAAGUUUAGUUUAAGGAAGUGGGUAGCCAUCCAGUUAGAAAUAGCAGAGAGGCAGUCAGAUACACUAGUCAAGAGGGACGGGGAGAGAUCAGGAGAGGACAGGUAGAUUUGCGUGUCAUCUGCAUAGAAAUGAUAUUGGAAGCCAAAGGAGCUAAUGAGUUUACCAAGGGAGGCAGUAUAGAUGGAGAAUAGUAGGGGACCAAGGACUGAACCUUGGGGGACACCAACAGAGAGGAGUUGGGGAGAAGAAGCAGAGCCAGAGAAAGAAACACUGAAAGAGCGCUGGGAGAGGUAGGAGGAGCACCAGGAGAGAGCAAUAUCUUGUAGACCGAUAUUGCGGAGGAUAAGAAGAAGCUGUUGAUGAUCAACAGUGUCUAAAGCCGCAUACAGGUCAAGGAGAAUUAGGAUAGAGUAGUGACCACAAGAUUUUGCAGCGAGUAGAUCAUUGGAUACUUUGGUCAGUGCAGUUUCCACAGAGUGCUUAGCGUGGAAACCAGACUGAAGCGGGUCUAGCAGAGAGUUGGACUCGAGGAAGUCUGUCAAUCUCGCAUACACAAUUCUUUCAAGGAUCCUGGAUGCAAAAGGCAGUAGCGAGAGGACGAUAGUUGGAUGGGGAGUUAGGGUCAAGAUUGGACUAAUUUAGAAUUGGGGUUACAGUUGCAUGUUUGAAGGAGCGAUGUAAAUAUACCAGAGGAGAGAGAGAGAUUGAGAAUUUUAGUGAGAGGUGGAGAAAGAGAAGAAGCCAGAGUGCGGAUGAGAUGCAAGGGAAUUGGAUCUAGGGAGCAGGUGGUGGGGCGGGAGGACUGGAGCAGAGCAGAAACGUCAAGUGGCAGAGGUGCGAAUGAACAUAGAACAGCAGAGGGAGUGAAGUUAGGGGAAGUAUUGUAAGAGGAAGAAGAAAGAUGAGAGAUCUCUUCUCUGAUUGUAGAGAUCUUGUCAGUGAAGUGAGUUGCAAAGUGUGAGGCGGUCAAGUUAGUAGGUGGAGGAGGAACAGCAGGGCGAAGAAGAGAGUUAAAUGUGUGAAAUAGUCGUUUGGGUUCGCGGGAGAGUGUGGUUAUGAAGGUAUUGAAGUAAUUAACUUUUGCAGAGGAAAGAGCCAAGCUGUAUGAGCUCAGCAUAAAUUUAUAGUGGAGAAAGUCAGAUGCACAGUGAGACUUUCUCCAACAGCAUUCAGCAGAUCAGUUCAGUAUUAUAGAGUAAAAUGCCCCAAAAUUAAAGAAAUAAUAAAAUCAAGCCCAUUGAGAAGGACAAGAAUAGGGCAGGCUAAAAACAUUUUAUAUAUCCUGUUAACUUACAAUUAUAUUGUUUUUUGUGAGGGGUGGGUUUGACUUCCUGGCGCCUAAAAUAAUGCACAUAGUGUAUAGCAUGAGCUGCUACAGCACUAGUGUUCAAACAGCACAUGUAUAGAAUAUAACUGAGUGACAAUAUGACACUCGGCCAACACCAGGGUUUUAUUUGAGCUCUCAACAAUGAUUCUUACCCCUCCACAAUUUGGUCAAUGUUAAGUAUUCCAAAUAAGAUAUCCAAAUAAUAUAUAGUAAAAAAAUUAAAUAUAGUGUGACUCUGUGGAUAUGUGAAUAGUGAGGGGGAAUUAAAAUUGGCACACUCACAGGGAUAGAGUAGUAGUAGUAGUAUUUAUAUAUCGUCAACUAAUUCCACAGCACUUUACAAUAUUAUGAACGGGGAAAUGGAUAGGCUCAAAUAACAAUGUCUUAAGAUGACAUUCUAUCUCUUCAUUUCUCAGAAGUUAAUAUCUCAGUAAAAAGAAACCGAAUACAACCAAUGGUGUGUUAUCAUAAACAAGGGAGUCAAUAUGCACAAAUACAAAUGUGCGGCUCACCUUGUUUAGAGCUCAAAAGACCAGGCUCUAGGUAUAGUCAGCAGAUAUGACCGUAAGGAGGCACCGCCUCAUUGUGUAGUUGGACCAGGCUGAAAGGAGGAUCCAUUGACCUCAACAUUUAAUGUAAAUCUAUUGAUAACUAAAAGAACUACAACGAUGUAUUAAUCCAAAUGACCAUUAAAAAGUGAAAAGUCUGCUGGAACUCCGCUCUGAAAUGCAUGUCAUAAUCCAGCAGUUUUUUCAAUUUUAGAUCCCCUGCACUCAUGCAAUCAACUGCAUAGAUUAUCUAUCUAUAAUUAUCCAAUAUGUAUAGCCAAGUGUUAGAUUGAAGCAGGUUUCCAGUAUAAGGCAGAUGGCAUCUAAGAGAUGUAUGCGCCUACAUCCAAGCUAUCAAACACCAACACAACCUGCAAUCUAACACAGAUAUUAUACCCAAACACACCUCUGCAUUCAAACUCCAAAAUUAUAUACAUGCACACAAAUGUACAUCUGCAUUUCAAAUCCAACAUUACAUUUAAACACACCAGUGAAAUCAAACACAAACAAUACAUACAAACACCCCUUAAUUCAAACACCAACACUACACACAAAAGCACACCUGCAUUUAAAAGCCAACACUACAUACAAACACAACCUUGCAUUCAAAUGCAAACCCUACACACAUGUACACCUCUGCAUUCCAAAGGCAACAGUACAUGCAAAUACACCCUUACAUGCACACAUAUAUUGUCUAUACAAAUACAUGCUUGCAUUUAAACGCAUAAAAACAACCCUGCAAGGAUGGGCAAAUGGUAGAUUCUCACCUGGCUUUUGCUAGGUGAGAAUUUCUAGGAAUGCCUGACCGGUUUCAGUUUCUGUUAUAUCUGUACAGGGAUGAAUGGAGGACGCAGUAGCAGAGAGAGCUUUUUUUUUAUUUAUUUAAAAUCUUUCCUGAAACCAACAGAUUUCUACAGAGAUAGAUAUAGAGAUAGAGAUAUAUAGAUUUUUUUUAUUUUUUAUAAAUGUGACCAUGAAGCAUUGCUUUCAGAUUUCAAAACAUUAACCUUCAAAUGUACUAAAUUAAAUGCAUUCGUGGAGCAUCCAGACUAGUGCAAUCUGCACAAUCAGCAGCAACUCUAAUACUUGAUGAAGCUUUACUUCCUUACUGAAUAUUGUGUAGUUUGCAGUUUAGUAUUUUCCUCAUUAAUUGCCAAAAGUUUAUUUAAACAUUGGGCAAUGAAAGGUAGAAAAUAAUGGCGACUACCUUAGAAUCUGUACCUUUUCUAACUGUGCAUCAAUAAUGUGGCAUGGCAACUGGGUUAAUGUAAUAUACAUCAAAUAUAUUGCACCCUGAACAGAUCAUUCACAUAUAACCUGUGUUCCCUAUUAAGGGUUAAUAAGUAUAUAGGUUAAAUAAAAAUACCCCUCUGUCUCAUUAGACUUUUUUUUUUCCUGAGGCAAGAAAGGUGAAUUGUUAGUGUAAAAAAAGAGGUUUGCCUUGACAUGGCAGGUGGGCUUGCAUUUAAUGGCCAUUGGAGUUACUAAAUAACCUCCAUUUGUUUAAAGGGACACUAUAGUCACCAGAACAACUACAGCUUAUUGAACUUGUUCUGGUGAGUAGAAUCAUUACCUUCAGGAUUUUAGCUGUAAACACUGUCUUUUCAGAGAAAAUGCAGUGUUUACGUUACAGCCUAGUGAUAACUUCACUGGCCACUCCUCAGAUGUUAGAGAUCCUUCCUGGGCCAUGGCUGCCUAAAAUGCAUCCAUUUUUUUGAGGCAAACAGCAUCUACAGCUUCAGGCUUGAAUACAGUAAGAUGUUGCUAUAUUUAUGGAGGCAUGAGGGGCCCAGGGGGCUAGAUGGUGGUUUUAACACUAUAGGGUCAGGAAUAAAUGUUUGUGUUCCUGACCCUAUAGUGAUCCUUUAAUUAUGCGUAGGGAUUUGUAAUAGUGUGCAAGUAACUUUUUUCUUUUUCUCUUUGGAUUUUAUUGUAAGUGUGCUAUGGUCGUUGCUGCCGCCUAUGAGUAGUGAAAGUUUGAGCACAGGACUUAUUUUUGUGUAUACAUAUAACCUGUGGCGUUCCCUUUGCAGGUGUUGGAGGAAGUAAGUCAAGAUCUUGAUCGUUUUAGCCAACGUUUAGUGGAGGAAAUUGAUGCAUUGGGACGAGAAUGUGAACUGAAUCCCCCAAAGUUGCAGCAGUAUGAUGCUUGGGGUCGAAGGGUGGAUGAUAUUGUUACUUGUUCGGCCUGGAAAAGAAUGAAAAAUAUUUCAGCAGAAGAAGGCCUUAUAGCUGAAGCCUAUGAAAGGAAAUACUCCAGCUGGAGGUAA